UCAAUAGUUCUGUUUAUUUUUGAGAUGAUCAAAACAUAAUUAAAAUGUCGACUUUCAGCGUUCCACCUGUUCUUACCUCACCUAGAGACGAUGCAAUUCAGCUUAACCGUGAUUUCAAGGGACUGGGAUGCGAUACUGCAACGGUGGUCAAUAUUCUUUCCCAUCGCGAUGCAGCAUAGCGUUCUUUCAUCCAACACAAGUAUAAAGCAAUGUAUUCCGAAGACCUUCUCAAACGACUGGUGUCAGAGCUUGGUGGAAAAUUAGAGAGAGCUGUCUUACUAUGGAUGCAUGAUCCAGCAGAACGCGAUGCAACAGUCAUUAGGCAGGCAUUCUUAUCGGAUAUAACAAAUCUUUCUGCUGCAACUGAAGUUAUAUGUUCUCGUACUCCAUCCCAGAUUCAAUUAAUCAAACAAAAUUACCAUUCAAAGUUCGGGAUUGUGCUUGAGCAAGAUGUUGCAGCACACACCUCUGGUGAUCACCAAAAGCUCUUGCUUGCAUAUCUGAGCACCCACCGUUCUGAAGGCCUUGAAGUUGAUAGAGAGAAGGCUAUGAAGGAUGCAAAGGCUCUUUUUAAAGCAGGAGAGAAGAAAUUGGGAACCGAUGAGAAAACUUUUAUCUGCGUAUUCAGCGAAAGAAGCAGGGCACAGCUAGCGACAAUUAGCGCUGCUUAUCACGACAUGUACGGAGGUUCCUUGAAAAAGGCAGUGAAGAGUGAAACAUCUGGGAAGUUUGAGCAUGGUCUCUUGACAAUUUUAAAGUGCCCACAGAAUCCUGCAAAGUAUUUUGCUAAGGUACUGCAUGACGCGAUGAAAGGUCUGAGAACCGAUGACAGUACAGUUAUAAGGGUAAUCGUGACAAGAACCGAGAUCGAUAUGCACUAUAUAAAAGCCGAGUAUUUGAGGAAAUAUAAAAAGACUUUGAACGAUGCAAUUCACUCGGGAACAUCAGGCCAUUACAGGACUUUUCUUCUUUCUCUUCUGGGAUCAAAUCAUUAGUGUUAAAGGGUGUGAAUAAUGGCUGGCAU